AUGGUCGAGUUCUCCGGACACAAGCCAUCCCCGCACUCUCGGCCACCCCGAGCCUCGCAGACCCCGGACGACUGGCUCGCGCGCGACUCCGACGUCGAGCAGCCUCUCUACCUCGUCGUCUACCCCGCCCCCGCCACCUCCUCCGCCACCCACUACCACGCCGCCGACGCGCGCUGGUCCCUCGCCUGGCCCGUCGCCGCCUUCACCCCGUCCGCGUCCGCACCCCCCGCGGCGUGGCGGCACAUCCAGCUCGAGGCCGCGUACGACCCGCUCGCGCCCGACGCCGGCCCCGAGAUCGCGGCCGCGAAGGGCUUCGCGCUCGGCAUGACGCGCAUCGCGACGCGCCGCGCCCUCGAGCGCGUCGCGCGCGACACGCCCGUGCGCGCACCCGGCGAGGACGAAGCGCAGCAGCAGCAGGACCAGGGACAGGAGUGGAGCUGCCAGGAGUGGGUGCGCGAGGUGCUCGCGCGCGCGGUCGGGGCGGGGCUCCUCGCGCGGGGCGUGUGCGAGGAGGCGGUCGAGAGGGCGUGCCGGGUUGAAAGUGCGUACACGGAGGGCUUCUGA